GACAUGGAAGUAGUUUUUUUUUUUUUUUUUUUUAUAUAAUAUUCAAAUUAGUCAAAUGGUGAUACGAUGGUGAAUGUGUAAAAAAGUAGCAUGAAAUGGUUAGUGGGAUGAUAAAAAUUUGGGGUCCUCUUUUUUUCUGGUCCUAUGGCGCUGUAGUUGGAAGGGAAAAAAAUCGCCUCCACGCUUACACGCUAAAAGGUCGUUUUCCCUUUUUACUACAAGAAUGUUUGCCUUUUCUUUUAUUUUUUUAUCUCUUUCUUGUCACUUUUCAUUUCUUACUCUCCAUAUUUAUUUUCCUUCAUCUUAAAUCUUUCAUCUUACAUUUUUUCCUUUUUUUUUUCCCUAACCUUUGUAGCGAUGACCGCCACACAGCACAGCCGACCAAUCCCUGUACCUGAACCUCUGUCGGAAUUGCACGAUCUCAAUGGCGCACAACUGUCGUUGCCGAUCAGUGCGUUUAUGCAAUCGAUUCAGUUUUUGACGUCCCCCGGCCAAUUGAACCUUGGCAUCGUUACUCCAGCCGAUCAGUGUCAUCUUCAGCGGAUUGCUGAAGCAUUAGCCGAUCAUCACGUGCCGUCGUCUCAAGAUAAUCAUGCAUGGAACUCGCUCGCGAGUUAUAUCAUGCAGCUACGUGACAAAUAUCAAAUUCAGAUGGACUUGAUGCGUAUUCGGCCCAUGGAAUCCGAUCAAAAGCGGGCCAUGCUACUCGAAGAAAUCCAGCGUCAAAGCCAACAACUGGAUCAAUAUGGCCAAGCCCACCAAGAAUUGACCGAACUCUUGGGCGCCCUCCAGAAACUGAGCAAAGAAUGGAAAAGAGCCCGGAUCGAAACCAUCAUUACGUCGUUGGUUUCAUCCACGCCGUUGCAAGGUUGUCGUGUUGUCAAGGUGACUCGGCAGCACCUGACCAGCCUUGGCCUAGGUUUGGGGUCACUCAACAAACUUUAUUUGGUGUUUGAAGAAUCCACGGCCACCGAGCUGGAAUGCCACAAACUUAUCAACGACAUUGCCCGCGACUUUGGUGACGUUUUUGAAGAAAAUGUCGCGCAGAAUUUAGCACGCAUGGCCGGCAACUAUCAACAUGUGUUCAAUGUCGACGAAGGCCGCAUUCAUCAGGAUAUGCAGCAUCUCGCCAACCGGAUUUUUUCUGCAAGACCGCAGUCGAUUCUUUGGGAACGAUCACCCAGGGGGCUGGAAGCAGGAGGCACAGGCACGGGUCGCAGAGCAAGUGGGGAGCGUGUCCAUGGUGGUGGUGGUGGUGCCGGUGGUGGUGGCCGUUGCAGUAUAGGGAGCCAAACUCCAGGAGCAUCGGAUACAUCCAUCUUUAGCAUGGCCCAGCCCGUUUUCGAGCCCGCGGUUUGGGAUUGGCCUGUCCUUUUGAAACGCAAGAUGCCACGGUAUCGACCUCUCUGGUGGUGGCGAAAGAAACAAAACGAGGCCACGGAAAAGGGAAUCUGGACCGUUUCUCUGGUACGCUUGGCCAAUCAUUUUACCCACGUCGGACAGAAUUACUAUGCCAACAUGCUGAAUAAUGCCCGCUUAAUGCACGGUCAUCAAGCACGUGUGUUUGAGCUAGCCAUGCACUCUUUAACACGAUGCUACAAAGCGCUUCAGAUUGAACAAGGCCACGCUUACUUGAUUCAAAGCCUUGUCUAUCUUUAUCAAAUACAGCAAGACGCUCAACGGACGGCCCUCCAACCGGCCGGCUCUGCAAAGAAUAAUAAACCGUCGUCGGAUCAGCCAUCCAUCUCCUCCCAAAUCUAAUUCCUCUUAAAAUCUGGCGGUUGACUCACAGCCAAGCUGUCCUUUUUUUUUUGUAAUAUAGACUUGUCAUCUACGUAAUUUUCUUCAUUCACUCGCUCUUUUUUUUUUGUUUCCUGAAAUGGUCGGCUAUGCAAACAUAUCAAAAGUUAAAAGAUUUUUAAUAACAUUU